GUUAUAAACCAUAAUAAUUACAUCGAAUUUUUAGUGUAAUACUAAAAUAUACCAAAAAUAAAUGAGCUAAAAUUCGAUUCAUUCAAGUGUUCAAGCGGAGCUUUUUUGUUUUUAUAUGAGUAUGCGUCAAAAACCAAACGUACAUACAUAUAUUAAUAAGCAUUGGUAACGGUGCUUGACGUUAUUAGCUAGUUUGUCUGUCUGUCUUGCUUGCUAGCUGGUUGGUUUGCUGGUUUAGUUGCUGCGAUGGUGGUUUGACCUACUUUGUGUAAUGGACUGACUGAUGAUGUUACAAUAAACGGAUGAUCGGUUGUAGAGAACAGACAUUUUCUCGUUGCGACAUUAAACUGGAAAUUCUUUAUAAAAUACUUCAAUUGGAAUAUUUCUGAGCUAUUAAACUAAUGUUUUGUUGUGUUUUAACACACCAUAUUUUUUUCUUUCUUAAACACGCAUACCUUAUUUUCUCUUUAUCUAGCUAAUUUUCAAGUACCCUAGCAAUAGUGCAGCUGCAAUUUGUCAUUUAUCCUGCGUCAUGCCUCGCUUAUUCCUGCCAUGCUAAAACGCGCAUAUAUACCUACGUGUAUUAAUAAGAACCUGUAAUUGGUGCGUUAAUGCUUGCUUUGUUUACGCUUUUGCAUUUCUAAAAUAUGAACAAAACGAUAAAUGAGUUAGGAGCAGAGAAUGUUUUGGACACGCAAUCACAGGACGAGCAGAAACAGACUGAAUCCAUUAGCGAAAAUGAGGAAUCCGAUUCGGUUACAGAACACUCGAGUAGCUCCUCAUCUGAAACUACUACUAACACACAAAAUUCGAACACUACAAAUUCUAAACGGAAAUCUACAUCUACUAAAUCUUCCAACACAGUAACACAAUUCAGCGUGCAACGUUCAGAUGUGGAUGGUUUGCGCAUGAAAAUUUCCGCUAUACGUCCCACUCCCAUAACAAAAACUAUUUCUAAUACCAAAAAACAAACUAAACCCACAGUGGGUGUAAGUAAUCUCGAAACCCGGCGAGAUAGUUGUGAUAGAACAAAAACCCUAAAACACGCUUUUAGCGAAAAAGUUCAUUAUAACAAUAAUACUAUCACCAAACCAUUAACAGUUAAACUAAAUAAUAUAAAACUACAAAAGCAAACGGAGCCCUCACAAGGGCACAGAACAAAGGCAGCUAAAGACCAACAAACUACCAGUGGCAGUGCCAAAAAGAUGUCAGUAGAUACAGUACCACAAAAUAGUGGUACUGAUUCUAAGGCCUUACCUGCCUGUGCUGGUGGUGCCUCGAGUGAAUCUGCGUCACAAGCAAUAUCAACCCCUGCAACAAUUGGACUUCCAUUAGUAAAUUUACUACCACAAGCGCCGUGUCUGAGUGAUGCCACAGCGGAAUCGGGUUGUUCAGAGGCUACCACAACUACUGUUGCAGCUGGUACAAAAGAUAAGUCGCUAACGAGGCGUGUGCGAGUUAAACGGAAGAAGGCACAAUCUAAACUACAGCCAGAAUACAAGAAACCCGCCGUAUGUACAGUUAAUAUAAAAUCUGUACAUACGCACUCGCAGCUCAAACCGUUGACAUAUUCUUCGGAUUCGGAUGACGAUGUGCCUAUUUAUAAGCAAAAGCAAAUACAACAACAGCUACAAAAGCGUGCACCGCGGAUUCUCCUCACCGCUAUCAAUACUCAUUCGGCUAAUGAGCCACAAAUAAAGCCCUUAGCGUGUAGCAAUGUUACCGCGCUUGCCAGUGGAUCGGCCACCUUUAGCCAUGGCAGUGAUAAUAGUGAUAACGAACUAAAAUUGGAUGAUGUUGUGAAUGCGGUCAUUAAACGUGUAGAGAGCGAUGGCGACGAUACACCAACAGGGGCGGAGACAUAUCGUAAGACGCGCACCACCAAACGAUUACCGCAAUAUCAGUCGACGUUGUUGCAAGAUUUUAUGGAGAAAACCCAAAUGCUCGGCAGCAGCAGCGCCAGCACAUCAACAGUUGUAGAGAAAAAUCUUGAAAAGUCACCUAUGAAACAUAAAGUCACCGCUGAACUGAUAGCCAAUUCCCAUUCCACAAAUUCGCAAACGGAUAGCGUCGCUUCUAGUGGAGUUGUGCCUGGCAGUGCCUCUACUAAGAAAAAACGGGGUAGACCGAAAAAGUUUUCUGGCACAAACGUUUUGCAGUCGAAUGCCAUAACUAGUGCGGCCACAUCUAUUAUCACAUCCACUUCUUCAGGGCAAACAAUUAUGGGAACCACAGCGAUUGCGUCGAAUAUAAAUGAAUCCGCCGACUCCGGCGUUAUAUCCACGACUAGUACAACAACACAAAGCAGUACAUCGCCGUCGCCUAAAUUAACAUGUGCCAUAAGCAGUAAUACGAACACAUCACGUUUAACAGCAACAACGCCAAGUCAAAAGCGACGUCAUCGUAUUUUGGAGGCUACCGACAAUGCGCGACAACCUUCUGUUUCACCUAGCAAAAGUCAGACUCAAGAUGGUAGUGGUAGCUGCAGCGCCAGCUCUCCAAAGCCAAAAAUCGAUAUCGCUUACUUAGAUAAACGUAUGUAUGCCGCUACAGAGCGUGUACUCUACCCGCCGCCGCGCAAUAAACGCCGUCAAUCGCUAAGCGCUUCUGGCGUAAAUUUAGCGGCAAUAACCAGCAGCAAAUCUAACGUGAAAUCGAACGCUGCAUUGGGUAUUAAUAACGCGGCAGGUAAUCCCCUAACACCGGCCACAUCAAAAGCCGCUACCAAAGAAGAACUGCAACUAGACCCUGUGUGGCGAAAAAUAGAUGUGAAUAAGAAAUUUCGUCGUCCCAGCGUUAGCGGCUACAAAAGCGAUGGCGGUGGCGGCAACACAACAAUUUGUAGCAAAAUACUUGCCGCAAAGAGUGGUUAUGUCUCCGAUUAUGGAUCCUUUCAUGCGCGUGCGCCACGUGAUCACUCUGGCUACAAGAGCGAUGCUAGCGGUAAGAGCCGUUACAGCAUGAAAAGUUGCGCCAGUCGACGCAGCCGAGCCAAAAGUUGCGGCUACCGCAGCGACUAUAAGGACGGCAAGGAUGGCGCUUCUUUGAAAUCGAAAUAUCGACGAAAGCGCCGCUCAGCGCUUUUGCGCGCACAUUCUAAAUCAGUUGGGAAUCUGGCGGCGAAUUUGAAUGACGUAGAAAAGGACUUGCUCCAACUGGCUGGACUAUCGCUUGGGCAGAGCAGUGAAGAGAGUAACGAGUAUGUGUGCAAGCCAAAUUUAGAGAGUUUGCCAACGACAAGCGCUUCGAAAAAAUAUGGGGAAAUUAAUAGAUUUAUUGCCACAGGCGAAUAUUUCGGACGCGGUAGCAGCAGUAGCGCGCUGACGACAGGAGGGAAUAUAUUUGCUGGUAGUUUGCAUGACAACCCAGAGGGAAGCGGUUCACAUGAUAGCUAUGGCUUCAGUCGUAAGCUUCUAUUACAGCGCAAGCAUACAUCGGCCGCGGUAAGUGGAGGCGCCCACGAUUUGCUGCUGCCGCAUGCGCAUGCUUCGCGAAAAAUAAAAUCAAGACGCUCCUCGGUAGCCAGCUAUUGCAGCUCAUUCUACUCGACUACAUCGAAAGUACGUAGACGUCGGAGACGAAAAAGUUUUCUGCGAUACCCUUCAUCCAACAAAGGUGGCACUGUUAUCGAUUCCAAGCUACUUACUGAGAUUGAUAUUCUAAUCAACACAUUCAGCACUCGCUGUCGCAUACAAAGCGCCCUUGGAGCCAGCGAAAAGCCUACUGGUAGCGGCAACAGUACUGCGAAAGAAAAAGGACCCAUAGAAACUGGUGGUAAAGCGCAGAGUUUGAACACAACUAUCACAGCGACCACUAGCAGCAGCAAGCGCGAGCAGCGCGAUAAGCGUUCCUUGAAAAAACGAAAAAUGAGUGAAAAUCAAGAAUACGCCCUGCUGGCAGGCGUCGCUGGCGCCGGCAGUAGUAGUGGUGGCUUCGGCGUCGGUUCGGUGCUAAGCGGUAGCGGGGGUGGUGGUGCCGGAAAGCGUCGUCAUAAGAAAGCAAAUAACAGUUCUAGUCCAGAUGAUCACAAGCUACCCCUUAAGAAACGACACUAUUUGCUGACACCUGGUGAGAAAUCUACGGAAGCAGCAGUUGCCGCUAAACUUUUUGGUAGUACCGCUGUUGAGGCGUGGGCCGCGGCAGUGGCGUCAACCAAGUUAGCCUCUACGGGCAAAUCUCAACAUACUCAACAAUUCGGCGCAAUAUGUGGAAGCUCAGCAACACUUUCGGCUACCGGAAGUACGCACAGUGGCAGCACUAAAUCAUCCAAAGCUGGUCUAACACCAAAGAAGCGACAGUUUCCCCAACAGGAGGAGGGUCGUGAGAGCGGUGGGAACGCGCCGCGUAGUAGUAGCCAUCACAGCAAUAGUUCGCCUUUGCGCAUUGCCAUCGACAAUACGCUUAGUCAUAAGGUUCUCGAUAUAAGCCCAAUUUCGAUGGCCGGUAGUUCAAAACAAAGUGAUGUGGUGCACCGUAAACGCUCCCGCCUCGAAGUGCUGGUUUCGAAAAUAGUCGCGACUAGCAACUGUCAAGGCAAUGCAGACGAGAAAGAGUCCGCUUUACAGGGUAAGCCGAAACCAUCAACACCCACUGCCAAUCUGAACCAACAUCAAGCGGCGGAUACACCACCUCCUGGAGUUUUCGAACCUUCUGUGGCACUAGAGAUACAAAUACCACCCAUUGCUAAGCUGAGUGAAGCAUCAAGUAACGUAUCAAGCAUCCCGCCUGUCAUCACUAAAGCCGAGGUGAAUUCACCGCUGAUGCUGCAAGACUUGACGCCACCCGCAACCACACCUACUUCCACAGCGGCGGCUAAAACUGAGAGUAGCGCAAUACGCGUUGUGGAAAAUAUGCUGGGUAAAACUGGAUCAUCCAAUUUAUUUUUGAAACGCAAACGUAAGAAAUUUAAUCGGACCGGAUUUCCGAAUGUGCGGCGUCGAAAGAAACGACAAAUAAGUGAGCAGCUACUGCUAGAUAUUGUGGACGAGGAUGUAGAAAGCACGCAACCUGUGAAGGUCUGUCCAAAGGGUUCAACCCAACAAAUAAUACCGCCACCUCCACCCACUAAUUCAGUCCACGCUUCUGGCAGUGCAACUGCUGUUCCUAUACCAACGAAAGUAACCCCCAAGUCGACUGUAGUAGCGACACCAGAAAAACAAUGUGAUCGGGUACCUGGCUCAGGCGAAGCUAGCGAUAGUUUUCUCGAACGCGCUAAUCGCACUCCGCGCCUAUCUGUUGUGGCUCUGGAGCGUUUGCGUGGCACACCCACACCUUCGGCCGCAGGCGUGCCGACUUUGGUUGGAAUUGUACCAGCCAAGGAAGGGGUUGUUGAAGAGCAUAAGGAAAACGCAUUUGUGACGCGUAAGGGUCGUGUUGGACGUAAGCCGAAAAACCUCACGACGACUUUAAAGAGCGAUACAGCUGCAGCCGCGCCAAACACAUCACUUGCGGGCGCUUCCAAAAGUACAGAUACGUCAUCCCAAAAUGCUAAGCCCGUUCAAACUACUGCAAAAAAAUCAACAGAUGUCGAAGCUCCGACUGUCAACAUUGUACCGAAUUCGGCGACAACCAAAUCGAGCAAACGAACAAAGAGUACAGAUAAAGUUGUGGACGCACCGCAGCCUGCUAAAACGCUGCCAAGCGAAAAAGUGCAGCCUUUGGCCGCCACCAACAACGCACUGCCGCGUGCGCGUGGUCGCAAACCAAAAUUGUCGGCAGCCGCCUCUGUUUUGAAGCCAACCGCUCCACAGGCCGCACCAUCUUUGCAGCCUACAACAGACGAUCAGCGCAAGAAGCCUAACGUGGAGACGCCUCAAAUUGCGAAACAGCCCUCCUCCCCGCUGGCAAAGCAAAUGCGGAAGCCAAUAAACAUUUCGAAAGCUUCAGACCGUCCCGCCAGUUUCAGCAAAUCAACGGUACAUAAAAUUAUCACCGCUAAGUCACUGGAAGCUAAAGUGAAAUUGCCCGCCGGCAUUGAUCCGAACACCAAUUUCAGCUGUAAAAUACGCUUAAAGCGGCCUAGCACUGCACAGCGCUCUCUAGCGAAUGCACUGCGCCAAAGUAUGGACUCCAAUGGCGAUGGUAGCAGCGUUAAGGACGUACCGCAAUCUACGCCUGAGGAAAUUGUUGCCGAGUCGGCUGCUAAGGACUCGAACAUUGACUACCCCGAGCAGGACAUACUACCGCGCAGCGAAACGCCUUUCAUUGACUCGGAAACAGCAACGAGCGAUACCAGUGAUGAGAAAUGUUCCACUUCGACGAAUGCGACGAGCACCAGUAGCGCAAGCGCUACGGCUGUACGAAAAGUUGCACGUCUUAAGAAAAAUUAUUUACCUGCCGGACUCUUCUCGGACUAUUUCAAACAAUUGCACACGCCUGCAAGUGUGAAGAAGUCGACCGAGAAGAAAGAAUUGGUUGAAACGUCAGCAACCACGCCCGUUUUGGGCGAAAGUAGCUGCAACUCGAAUGUGGAAAAUAAUAACAGCGCGAAUACAGCAACAACAGCCAAAUUGCUACCACCCCCUUAUUGUGAGCAAUACUUUCGGCGCACACAAAUCGAUUUCCAACUGCCCUACGACAUUUGGUGGGCCUAUACCAACUCAAAAUUGCCCACACGCAUUACAGUACCUUCGUGGAAUUAUCGGAAAAUUCGCACAAACAUCUAUGCGGAUGCAGUACGUCCCAAUUUGGCCGGACUUGAUCAUCCUACCUGUAAUUGCAAGCCGGAUCAAGGUUGUGGCGAUAACUGCCUGAACCGCAUGGUAUAUACGGAGUGCUCGCCCUCCAGUUGUCCGGCGCGUGACAAGUGUGGCAACCAGAAGAUUCAAAGGCACGAGGUAGCGCCGGGCGUUGAGCGGUUUAUGACCACCGACAAAGGUUGGGGUGUACGCACCAAAUCACUCAUUCUAAAGGGCACUUACAUACUCGAAUAUGUGGGGGAGGUGGUGACCGAGCGAGAAUUCAAAGAUCGCAUGGGCACCAUUUACCUAAACGACACGCAUCAUUAUUGUCUGCAUCUGGAUGGUGGCCUCGUGAUCGAUGGUCAUCGUAUGGGCAGUGACGGACGUUUUGUGAAUCACUCGUGCCAACCGAAUUGUGAGAUGCAGAAGUGGUCGGUUAAUGGUUUGUCGCGUAUGGCUCUCUUUGCCAAGCGCAACAUCGAGCCGGGCGAGGAGAUAUCAUAUGAUUACAAUUUCUCGCUUUUUAAUCCAUCGGAGGGACAGCCAUGUCGUUGUAAUACGCCACAGUGUCGAGGUGUUAUAGGGGGCAAAUCGCAGCGAGUUAAGCCAUUGCCAAUCGAAGCUAAGCAGGAGACAGAGCCGACCGAAAAUGAUACUCGUAUAGCCCGGCAACGUAAGCGUAAGGCACGUAAAAACACCGAACGGAUGCACUCGAAGGAUGUAGUGGUGGCGCUUGUGCAGCAACUCUCUGAAAGAGAAAAGAAGAUGGUCAAACAGCACGGUAUAUUUUUGGUACGCAAUUUUGAAAAGAUACGUCGCUGCAAAGCCCGUCGCAACGCAAAUUGUACAGGCGAAUUGAAGUUAAAUGGUGUUUCUGGCAUGUCUCCGACGCCACAUACAACUAGUUCACCUACUAAUCCCAACGCUCCAGCCGCAAUUACCAAUCGUCGGCCAUCAACGCCUUCAUCGUUGGCUGCGCAAAUCUCCGCACUGCGUUCACCGCGCAGCAUUAAAACACGUGGCCUUACACACGCCGUGCAAGACCCAGAGGUGGAGAAGAUGGCGAAAAUCGCUGUUAUAUUACGUGAAAUUUGUCAAGCGCUCGAAGCACUUAAAGACCCUACGGAUAACAAACAAACACUUGUUGCUUUGGCUCUUACGUCCAACACGGGCCUUACUAAUGCCGCCGACGGCGUGGUGGAAGGUGAGAGCGUCGAUACUAACGCCAAUACUAGUACUGGCGGUACUAACAAGAAAAAGAAGACUUUGAAAGCGCCACUAAAAAUCCAUACGCUGGAUCUGAAGACUGUUGAGACCAAUAUCGAGCAAGGGUACUAUAAACUACCCUCAGAAUUCAACACGGACAUGCAGCAAGUAUUUGCAACAGCGCAGCAGCACAUACUCCCAGGCAGUCGUCAUGAAGUGGCGCUGCAAACACUCAGAAACUUUUAUGAGCAGAAAAAAGCAGAAGCGCAUGCGCGUUUACUCGAGAUUGUGGGUGGUGAUGAAGUCAUGCUGUUGGGCUUCUGCGAUCAAUCAAUAAAGGCAGCUGAGGAAAAGGAUAAAAUGAUAGAGUCAAUUAUUGCCGUUAAGCCAAAUCAUGUGGCAACGGACCUCACCACAAGCGUUAUUAUGCCAACAUCUAAUGAGGAUAUAAUACGUUGCAUUUGUGGUUUGUACAAGGAUGAAGGACUGAUGAUACAGUGUGCGCGCUGCAUGGUGUGGCAGCACACCGAAUGUACCAAAGCGGAUGUAAAUGCAGACAACUACCUCUGUGAGCGUUGUGAGCCCCGUAUUGUGAAUCGUGAAAUACCGUUAGAUGACUACACGGAGGAAGGCCAUCGUUAUUAUUUGACAUUGAUGCGUGGCGAUUUGCAUGUGCGCCAAGGAGAUGCUGUGUAUGUAUUGCGUGAUAUACCAAUAAAAGAUGCCGCUGGUAAUGUGCUGCCCAAACAGAAGCACACCUACGAAACUAUUGGCACCAUUGACUACAAUGAGUGUGACAUAUUUCGUGUGGAACGCUUGUGGAAGAAUGAGGAGGGUAAGCGUUUCAUAUUUGGGCAUCACUUCUUGCGGCCACACGAGACAUUCCACGAACCAUCACGUCGUUUCUAUCCCAAUGAGGUGGUGCGCGUGCCACUUUAUGAGAUAGUGCCAAUCGAACUGGUUAUCGGCCGUUGCUGGGUGCUAGACCGCACCACUUUCUGUAAGGGACGCCCGGUUGAGUGUACAGAUGAGACGCAUUGCUACAUUUGUGAAUUGCGUGUAGAUAAAACGGCGCGUUUCUUCUCUAAAGCGAAGGUCAAUUAUCCGACUUGUACAAAAACAUAUGCAUUUAGAAAGUUUCCCGAAAAAUUGAAAAUCUCCAAAAGCUAUGCGCCGCAUGAUGUUGAUCCCGCUUUAUUGAAAUCAAAACGACAAAAGACUGAAAAUGAAACGCCUACAAAUAAUGCAAGAGCCUCGACGAACAGAACAGUGACACCCGUUACACCUGCAUGCCCGACGGAAGUGUCCACAAACGCAGCAGCAAGUCGUCAAACACCACAGAAAAGUCCACAGAAUAGCGGCCGCAAACGUCAAAGUAGUAAUAGUCCAACAACGGUGCAUUUAAUUUCUCCCAUACCACCAAGCGUGCAGACAAUAAAACAAAAACGCAACCACUUGGAAUCUGUACUCAAAACAAUGAAACUCAAAUGGAAAAAUACUCAGCCCACUGUGAAUGAACAACCCAUAGAUUUAUCAUAUUUACUAUCCGGACGCGGUGCAAGGCAGCGUAAAUCCCAAGCAACAUCAGCAGCACCCUCGGCUAAUAGCCUCACAGUAGCUCCUCAACCCACCAUUGCACAAACUGUCCAAACAAAAGCAGCGGCCAACAGUAAUGGGUCGUCAAUUUAACAUAUAGUCGAUACAAAUAAAAUGGGUUCAAAAUGGCAGCAGGCCUAUGAAUUAUAUAUUUCAACAUAGAAUUAGGUUAUAUCUAAGGCAAGUAGGUGGGGAUAUUGGUUCCAAAUUGAAGAAACGAGUGCAGGAUCUUUUUGUAAAAAUGUAAAUUAACAACAAACACAAACACACUCACAUGCAUUCACACGCGCUCACACCACAUUAUACGAUAUGAAAUAUCUAAUAAUAAUAUGUUAAAUGUAUAAUAAUAUAAAUAGCAAUUAAUAUAAAUAUAUUUGUAAUUAACACAUAUUAGGUAUACAAACAUACCUAUACGUACUAUACAAAAAUGCAUGAGGAAUCGAGACAUUCGUAUGGUAUACACUUUAUCAUAGCCAUUCUUUAUUAUAUAGAACAGUGCAUGUUCUUAUGGAAUUAUUUGUUAUUUUCUUAUUUGAAUUUCUUUAUUAUAAAUAUUAUUAAUUUUUUAGCGCAUGCCUAGGCUAUUAUAAUUAUAAAAAAAUAUAUAUAAAAUUUAAGUUGUUUAUUUAUUAAUGGAAAAAUUUAAUCGACCAUUCGGUUAUAGACAAUUUGUAUGAACUUAACAACCAACGAUAUUGUGUUGUUUUAGAAUUUAAAUAUUUAUAUUUUUCGCUAAUUUAUUUUUAUAUUAUUUUGUUUUAGUUACAUCUUCAAUGAAUUUCUCGAACUUCAGUUAUUUAUAUGAGGCGAUGUAUUUUUAGAUACAUUUUCCUUAAGGUUUAUGACUUGUUUUAGCGCUUAUUAGUUGUUAGCUGCACUUAAAUAAUUUUUAUAACAAAAAUAAUACCAUAACUAAUGCCUUUUUUGCAAACUACUAACUGCUUGUCUAUUUUUUAGACUAAAUAUAUGGAGGUUUCUUGUAUAAACUUGUUUUCCUUCCAUAAAAUAUUUGUUGUUAAACUAUUGUAAAAAAAAAAAUCAA